AUGACAGGGAAUCACUGGGGAUAUGGAAAAGAGGACGGUCCUUCUAUAUGGCACAAAAACUACCCCAUCGCCCAGGGGAACCGGCAGUCUCCCAUUGACAUCCCUCUUCAGGCUUCACAUGACCCCAACCUCGGCCCGAUUGUACUAAACUACGAUCAGUGCACCUCCAUCAACAUCUCCAACAACGGGCACUCUGUAGUUGUGGAGUUUGAUGAUUCGGAUGACCGUUCAGUGAUUCGGGGAGGCCCUCUUGACAACCCCUACAGACUGAAACAAUUUCACUUCCACUGGGGCGGAAAGGGCUGCGUCGGCUCCGAGCACACUGUUGCAGGGAAAGGCUAUGCAUCCGAGCUUCAUCUAGUACACUGGAACGCUGUCAAGUACAAGACAUUUGGGGAGGCGGCGACUGCUCCCGACGGCCUCGCUGUCCUCGGCAUCUUUUUGGAAACAGGUGACGACCACAGAUGGCUCCACAUGAUAACAGACGCUCUGUACAUGGUGAAGUUUAAGGCUAGUGUCACAGAUUUCAAACGCUUCAACCCCAAGUGCCUCCUACCCAGCAGCCUCCACUACUGGACCUACCUGGGAUCACUGACCACACCCCCCCUACACGAGAGCGUCACCUGGAUCGUCCUAAAGGAUCCAAUCGUGGUGUCGGAAAAGCAGCUGGGCAAGUUUAGAAUGCUUCUGUUCACUGGAGAGGAAGAGGAUCAGAGGAUACGCAUGGAAAACAACUUCAGGCCUCCACAGCCUCUCAACGGCAGGAAAGUACGCUCCUCCAAUUAA